ACAUCAGAUUGAUUACAAUAUUCAGUUGAUUCGGUCGAUAAAAUGUUAUUAAAAAGUGUGUGGAAUCUAUUCCUAUUUAUUUUACUACUACUGGUAUCAUGGAAUUCAAGCUCAGGUUAUUCAAUUCCCGAUAUUGAGGAUAUUGAAACAAAUGACUUGAUAGUUGACACAAAAGAUGCACCUCAUUACUUGAUUGCCUAUAAUACUGUGAAACCCUUACUUAGUAAGUUGAAGGAAAAAGUCAGGGAGCUCUAUCAAAUAAUUGAACCUAAUGAUAGCGAGAUGAAUUAUGUGCAGGAAUUGAAAAGUCACAAUUCCGAAUUACAAAACACCAAUGAGUUCCUGAAAAAAACUGUGCAACAAUUAACUAAUAAUAUGGAAUUAACAGUUAAAGAUGUGAUCGAUCAGCUAAAAGCACUGAAAACUGAAAAAUUACAAAAAGAAUUAGCGAAAAAAGCGACAUGUAUCGAGGAACUUGAUAUUCAAAUUGAUGAGCUGAAACCCGAAAGAGAUUCCGAUGUCCUUAAUGCAUUUGAGGACAAGUUAGCUGAAAUUACGUCUUCCAAUGCAAAAAGCCUUGCGGAGAAAGACGAAGAGAUUGAUGGGCUAAAAAGUCAGGUGAAAAAUAUUUACGAAAUGGAAACACAAAUUAAGGAAUUUAAAAAUGAGCUUAAGCUGAUAGAAUUGACAGCUAGUUGCAUUCCCUUUGGAGAAGAUCCAGGUCUACAUGAGAUCAAAUUGCCAGGUAUCGACUCUUUUGAAGUGUUAUGUGACAGUGAGACUGUCGGACCAGGGUGGACUGUAAUCCAGCAGAGAAUAAUUAACAGCGAAGGGGAUUUCGAUAGAGAUUGGGACACAUACAGAGCUGGUUUUGGCUCUUUUGACGGCCAAUUCUUUCUAGGUCUAGAGAAGAUCCAUCAACUAACGAGUUCUCAGCGCUAUGAGCUCUAUAUCCACAUGGUUAGCUUUGGUGGUGUCAUCUUUUACGCUCGCUACGAUGACUUUAAAGUGGGCGGAGAAGAAGAAGACUACGAACUGAGCAGCUUGGGAGAGUUCUCCGGCAGCGAGGGAAUAGUUGAUACGAAAAUGUUAAGAUUACACGAAAAUCAGAAAUUCACAACAUUUGACCGUGAUAAUGAUAAUGAUGAUUGGGCGGUUGGAAAGUGCCCAUUGGACCAGCCCCUUGGGGGCUGGUGGCUCCAUGCUUGUGCAAAAAGCAAUUUAAAUGGAAAUCACUGGUUCGUUGAAAUAGAGGAAGAGGAAUCCGAUUACUUUACUAGUAAUAUGGCUCUCAAGAAGAUCAAGAUGCUCAUACGUCCUAAGUCGUAUUGAAAACAAAUUAUAAGCAUAAAAAUGAGCAUGGAAAAAUAACAAGAUUUGUAAAUAAAAGUAUUAUUUCAAUUUCUUAAAAAGUCAAGAUAGUCAUACGUUGAAAAGUAGACAAAAAAUAAUGGGAACUUUAAAUGAAAAUUAAAAUGUAGAUAAAUAGAUUCAUUUUAUUAGAUGACAUCUAUGCAACGUAACAAGAUACUCAUACUUACAUUUCUACUUGAUGAAUAAAAGUAUAAACAACA